CGCCCCCACCUGGCGUCGCGCGUACUCGGAGCACACCCGGCCGGAAGCCGCUGUUGGGGAGCCGGCGGUGGGGCUGGACGCAGGUGCAACUGACAUGGGUGAACCCCAGGGGUCCAUGCGGAUUCUAGUGACAGGGGGCUCUGGGCUGGUAGGCAAAGCCAUCCAGAAGGUGGUAGCAGAUGGAGCUGGACUUCCUGGAGAGGACUGGGUGUUUGUCUCCUCCAAAGACGCCGAUCUCACGGAUGCAGCACAGACCCGCGCCCUGUUUGAGAAGGUCCGACCCACGCAUGUCAUCCAUCUUGCUGCAAUGGUGGGGGGCCUGUUCCGGAAUAUCAAAUACAAUUUGGACUUCUGGAGGAAAAAUGUGCACAUCAACGACAACGUCCUGCACUCGGCCUUCGAGGUGGGCGCCUGCAAGGUGGUGUCCUGCCUGUCCACCUGUAUCUUCCCUGACAAGACGACCUACCCGAUAGACGAGACCAUGAUCCACAAUGGGCCGCCCCACAGCAGCAAUUUUGGGUACUCGUAUGCCAAGAGGAUGAUCGACGUGCAGAACAGGGCCUACUUCCAGCAGUACGGCUGCACCUUCACCGCUGUCAUCCCCACCAACGUUUUUGGGCCCCACGACAACUUCAACAUCGAGGAUGGCCAUGUGCUGCCUGGCCUCAUCCACAAGGUGCACCUGGCCAAGAGCAGCGGCUCGGCCCUGACGGUGUGGGGUACCGGGAAGCCGCGGAGGCAGUUCAUAUACUCGCUGGACCUGGCCCAGCUCUUUAUCUGGGUCCUGCGGGAGUACAAUGAAGUGGAGCCCAUCAUCCUCUCAGUGGGCGAGGAAGAUGAGGUCUCCAUCAAGGAAGCAGCCGAGGCGGUGGUGGAGGCCAUGGACUUCCAUGGGGAGGUCACCUUUGAUACAACCAAGUCGGACGGGCAGUUUAAGAAGACAGCCAGUAACAGCAAGCUGAGGACCUACCUGCCCGACUUCCGGUUCACACCUUUCAAGCAGGGUGAGCCCCGACCCCACAGCUCUCCACUUGGUGGCCCCCACAUCUGCUGGCCUGCCCCAGCCUCUCCUUCAUGCUCCCUACCAGGGCAGAGCGGUGAAAGAGACCUGUGCUUGGUUCACUGACAACUACGAGCAGGCCCGAAAAUGAGGCUGGAAGGCAGGAGCAGGUACUGGCAGACCAUCGGCUAGCAGAGCCACCACCCAUCAACCCUGCCAGGAGCUGAGGGCACCACCUGGGCCCACAUUCCGUCCGCUCUGCAGCCCCAAGCAUUUAUUCAGUGGGGCCCCCAUUCACAUCAGUCCUCAGGGAAACCAGGGCCCGGGCAGGCCCGGUGCUUUGCUCCCCACACUGGCCCCCGGCCUUGCGCAUGUCCACUCUGAUCCUGUGUCUCACUCCCUGGGAGCUAAUAAACUGCAUUUUCACAGGC